ACAUGAUAUAUUUUUAUGUUUUGUAAAUGGUAUAACAUUAAUAGGCGUUAUAUUCAAGAAAUUCCAACGGCAUCGAGUUCAUAAUACAAUUGGGUCAAAUCAAGGCUGCCGCCGUUAUAUAAAGGUCACUUUUCCCUUGCUUCACUGGCCAUACCAACUCUCCAUCACUGUCUCACACUCGUCUCGCUCUUUCUCACUUCUGUUGCCGGCCCACAGAUCUCCGAUCAUCCGUAGGAAAUGGCUUUCCACAAGAUCAAGGUUGAAAAUCCCAUCGUUGAGAUGGACGGAGAUGAAAUGACUCGUAUCUUUUGGCAAUCAAUCAAAGAAAAGCUCAUCUUCCCCUUUCUAGAUCUUGACAUAAAGUAUUAUGACCUUGGCCUUCCUAAUCGUGAUGCUACUGAUGAUAAAGUUACAGUAGAAAGUGCUGAAGCCACUCUAAAGUACAAUGUUGCAAUUAAGUGUGCCACUAUUACCCCAGAUGAGGCUCGUAUGAAGGAGUUUACCUUGAAAAGCAUGUGGAAGAGUCCCAAUGGCACAAUCCGUAAUAUUUUGAAUGGCACGGUUUUUAGAGAACCAAUUCUCUGCAAAAACAUCCCUAGGCUAAUUCCAGGAUGGACAAAGCCUAUAUGCAUUGGAAGACAUGCAUUUGGUGAUCAAUACAAAGCUACUGAUGCAGUGAUUAAAGGACCUGGGAAACUAAAGUUGGUGUUUGUUCCUGAAGGAGAAGGUGAAAAGAUAGACUUGGAGGUUUACAACUUCACUGGUGCUGGAGGGGUAGCUUUGUCAAUGUACAACACUGAUGAGUCCAUUGGUGCUUUUGCUGAGGCCUCAAUGAACACAGCUUAUCUGAAAAAAUGGCCACUUUAUCUUAGCACCAAGAAUACAAUCCUCAAGAAAUAUGAUGGAAGAUUCAAGGACAUAUUUCAAGAAGUCUACGAAAGAAACUGGAAGUCAAAGUUUGAAGCUGCUGGGAUAUGGUAUGAACACCGUCUUAUUGAUGACAUGGUUGCUUAUGCUCUUAAGAGUGAUGGAGGGUAUGUAUGGGCAUGCAAAAAUUAUGAUGGUGAUGUUCAAAGUGAUUUCUUAGCUCAAGGUUUCGGAUCUCUUGGAUUGAUGACAUCAGUUUUGGUGUGUCCUGAUGGAAAGACUAUUGAAGCUGAAGCAGCUCAUGGCACUGUGACACGUCAUUACAGGGUUCACCAAAGGGGAGGGGAAACCAGCACAAACAGCAUAGCCUCCAUCUUUGCAUGGACCCGUGGGCUGGCCCACAGGGCAAAAUUAGAUAACAAUGCUAAGCUUCUUGAGUUCACUGAGAAACUUGAAGCUGCAUGUAUUGGAACUGUUGAAUCUGGGAAGAUGACAAAGGAUCUUGCACUCAUUCUUCAUGGAUCCAAGCUAAGUCGGGAGCAUUAUUUGAACACAGAAGAAUUCAUUGAUGCUGUAGCAAAUGAGCUGAAAGCAAGACUUGUGGGGAAAUCAUCAUUGUAAGUGGGGGAAGAUUUAUAUUGGUGGAUUUUAAGAGUUAUGUUUUAUUGAGGAUUUCAUUUGAUAAAUUUCAUUCUUAAGGGGUGUUUUAUGUUUAUUAUUUAAUUGUUAUAGUUUGAAAUUGCAAUGAUUAAUUUUUUAUGUUUGAACGCAGUGAUUAAGAUUAUGAUUAUAUGAACACUUGGGACAAGCUACGUUUAAUCUAAAUAAAUUGUAUGAAUUAAUGGCUUUACAAGA